AUGACAAAAAAGUUCAGCUUGAAUAAGUUUAAAGGAAAGCGCUGGCGAUCCAGAACUGUUCUUAGCGAGGUCAACAGAUCGACUGAUAAGUUAGAAACGUCGUUUGAUGUUAUUGUUAGUGGUGACAGCAGUGACCUAGAUCUACAUGACAAGGUGGUUGAUAGUAAUAAUGGUGAUAGUAAUUUUCAAGAAUCAGCUACUGAGAAGAAGUUCAGUAAGUUCCAUCAUGAAAAUUUAGAUGAAGAAGACUUGUGUGGAUACAGGAUUGUUGAUGUUUCAUUCUUAAAAUCUUUAAUUUCACAAUUGCAGUGUCCAAUCUGCAACAAUAGUCUUGAGAAUUGUGCCUUAGAAGAAGAAAACAACAGAGGUCUGUCUUCUAAAUUUGAUGUGAUUUGUUCUGCUUGCCAGGUUGUUAUAUCUAGUGCCAGCACCUCCAAACGACUUAAAGAUGCGAAUGAAUCCAAUAGGCCUAAUACAACAGGAUUUGAUGUUAACAGAAGGUGUGUUAUGGCUAUGAAAGAGUUUGGUGGUGGGAAAGCAGAUCUGGAUAAACUUUCAAAAGUGUUUGAUAUGCCAUCAAGUCUCGGAAAAGAAGCUUUUACAAAACAUCUAAAGAAGUUAGAAGCAGCUAGUUCUGAAUCAGCUCAAGAUCAUCUUCAAGAAACUUCUAAACUUAUACGUAAAGCGUACACAGAAGUUCAUCCAGAUUAUGACGACGAGGAUAUCAUUGAUAUUGAUGUAGUUUCUGAUGGAACUUGGCAGAAACGAGGAUUUUCUUCGAAUCUUGACAAACUACUGCGUUUUGCCAAGAACAAGAUGGAUAAAUCUUCGAUAGAGUAUGGCAAAUGGUUAGAAGAUCACAAGAGCAAUUGUCAAAUCAACCAUGUUGGUUCCUCUAAAUCCAUGGAAACUGAAGCCACCCUUAAGAUGUUUAACCGAUCAGUUGAAAAGUAUGGAUUUCGGUACACCCACUUGCUGAAUGAUGGUGAUAGUAGUGUUUUUAGGCGCAUCACAGCUCUUAAUGACGGAAAUGGACCAUAUGGUAGAGAACAUCCCGUCGAAAAUGAAGAUUGUGUGAACCAUAUAAGCAAGAGAAUGAAGAAUGGUCUUGAUACAGUCAUAACCAAACUUAAAGCCCAGGGUGAACCGAUAGAUGGAAAGGGUCGACUUACCAAAGAAAGAGUAAAGGCAAUUCAAAAUUAUUAUGGAAGAGCCAUCAAAGACAAUGCUGGAGAUUUAGAGGGUAUGUACCGGAGUACUUGGGCCAUUUACCUUCAUUACUUUGAUGAUGAUGAAAAUCAGCAUCACAGAUGCCCAUCUGGUCCAGAAUCUUGGUGUUGGUACCAAAGACAGCUAGCUAGAGGUAUAUCAACACCUUCAAGAGGAGAGCACACCGCACCCCUACCACAACGUGUUUCAUAA